AAACACCUGCAAGACUUCGGUUAGAAGUGAAUCACCUGCCUGGACAUCCUAAGAAGCACCAGAGACCUGCAUUUUGAAGUGGGUUUAAUAAUACUUGUGAAAACUGACUUCAGGUGAUUGAGGAAUCUAGUCGAGAUUAAACAUCAUAGGAAGUUUUAUCAUGUUUCAUUCAGGUCUCUGUUUAAUUAAUUAUAUAAUCUGUUUGUCUUUGACAGGAGAGAGACCAGACUCUCCUUCUGACAGCAGGAAGAGUUCUUCAGAGGAACCAGACCCUGAGAUGUCCAAACCAGCAGGACAACAUCACUGCUCCCAGUGUGGAAAGAGUUUUACUCAGUAAGGGAGCCUGAGAACACAUAAGAGAAUACACACUGGAGAGAAGCCUUACCACUGCUCCUUGUGCGGAAAGAGUUUUAGGUGGUUAGGGAGCGUGGAAAGGCAUGAGAGAACACACACAGGAGAAAAGCCUUUCCAAUGUUCCCAUUGUGGAAAGAGUUGCACCCAGUUAGGGAGCCUGAAGGAGCAUGAGAGAAUACACACAGGAGAAAAGCCUUACCACUGCUCCCACAGUGGAAAGAGUUGCACCCAGUUAGGGAGCCUGAAGGAGCUUGAGAGAAUACACACAGGAGAAAAGCCUUACCACUGCUCCCACAGUGGAAAGAGAUUUACCCGGUUAAGGUACCUGAAAGAGCAUGAAAGAAUACAUACACAUACACAGGAGGAGAAGACAUACCACUGCUCUCAUUGUGGAAAGACAUUUUCCCAGUCAGAGGACCUGAAAUCACAUGAGAGAAUAGAGAGGCUGUGUUCUGACUUAUGUUUUUGAUUGAGAAAUUGUGUUUUUGUUCAUUCUACAUUAAAUAAUAUUGUAUGAAUGAAAUCAUACUGAAAAAUAGGUCUACAUGUUUUUUCCAGCUCAAGACAUGAUCAUGUCGAAAAUCGGAUUAAAAGAGUAAAAAAAAUGUUUUGAUUAUGAACUUAAGAUUGAUUGAAUGCAAGUGUAAACCCCUAAAUGUUGUUCACUAUAUCAUUGGGAUAUUUCAAACAUGUUAAUUAUUAAAUAGAUUGAUAUUAGUAUUUCUUCAUUCAGAUUGUCAUUGUAAAUGCGUAUUGGUUCUCAAUUGACAUAUCUGAUUAAAUAAAUGUGAAAUAAAGUAAAUGCCAUAUUA